UGGGCUGCGUUUUAGUCCAGCCCAUCACGGCCCGACUUAGCACAUUAAAGGAGUGCAAUACUGCACGGUCUCAGAACUUAAAAGAAAAGGAAAAAUGUUAUCCUUUGCCCGUCACAGUCGGUUUAUGGUUAAGUACACGGUUGGCAUCACUCCUCAUGGGAGUAAAAGCCCCGUCACCAAACCACUCACCACCUGACAUCGUUUGAACUAAUACCAACGAUCUCUGCUAUAAAGUGGCCUACUCAACCCAGCAUUAGAUUUCCCUCUUCUCCCUCCCAAAUCUUCCUCCUGGCAGUGCAUGGGAGCUGUUGCCGUUGCUGCUGCUUUCUCUUCUCCUUCAUCAUUCCUCCUCCCUCACUGCUGUCUACCGCCAGUCCGAGGAACCCUGCUGCCUCCUUUGUUUCGCUGAUGGAACCUCCUUUAGCUGCCAUUCCUCUGCUGCUGACUGUUUACCGACUGUUCUUGCUGUUUCUUGGAGUGGAGGGGAGUGUGUUCACGUUCGUGAACAAGUGCGGGGAAACGGUUUGGCCGGGGAUCUUGUCCAACGCCGGCAGCCCGCAGCUGGAGUCCACCGGAUUUGAGCUCCCCGUCGCGUCGUCUCGCUCCUUCCAGGCCCCCGCCGGAUGGUCCGGCCGGUUCUGGGCGCGGACCGGCUGCUCCGCUUCUGCCGUCGGCGGCGGCGGCGCCUGGUCCUGUGCCACCGGCGACUGCGGGUCCGGUCAGGUGGAGUGCAACGGCGCGGGCGCGGCCCCGCCCGCGACGCUCGCGGAGUUCACCCUCGCGCCAUCGUCGGCGGGGCGGGACUUCUACGACGUCAGCCUGGUGGACGGCUACAACCUGCCGAUGGUGGUGGCGGCGAGCGCGGGGGCGUGCGCGGCCACGGGGUGCGUCGUGGACCUGAACCGGAUGUGCCCCGCGGAGCUGCGGGCCGCGGAGGGGGAGGCGUGCCGGAGCGCCUGCGAGGCGUUCGGGACGCCGGAGUACUGCUGCAGCGGGGCGUUCGCCAGUCCGGCGACGUGCCAGCCGUCGGCGUACUCGCAGAUGUUCAAGGCGGCGUGCCCCAAGUCGUACAGCUACGCGUUCGACGAUCCCACCAGCACCUUCACCUGCGCCGGCGGAGCUGACUACACCAUCACAUUCUGCCCAGAGUCAGCACCAAGUUUUCUUGUACUCGAACCACUUUCGCACUGUCACGAGAGAACUGAUCGAUUUCUUCCGUUGCUCCCCCGAAAAACGACGCACAGCAGUCAGAAAGCAUCGACAGACUCCUACAGUAGCCCGACUCCAUACACAACUGCGACAUCGACGCCUACAGCAACCGGCGGGCUGAUGCUGGAAGACGACUCCUGGCUUGCAAGCAUGGCGACCGGCGACGCAAACACCGCGAGGAGGGCCGUCCCUUUCCUGCGCCAAGCCUUAUUCAUUGUAGCCACCGCAAUGGCCUGUACACUACUUGUGCGAUAGCACAACGUGAAUGCUUGAUUCGAUUCCACGCCCCCUCCAUGUCUCGUGUCUCGCUUUCUUUAAAGCCAAAUUUGAAACGAGAAAGCAAAAGCAGAUUCGGAUUGGAUUCCCGGCACCAACUGUCACCGAUUAAAGCUACCGUCGCGCUUCUCGAGAACAGAGGAUUGACCACUUCGAGGAAGCUGCAUGAUAUAUUAUUGCGAGCCGGGCAACCAUGUGAUGAUGUGGGGUACGUUGAAAUGGGCAUGAUGAAGAGAGGCAAGUUGUGGAUUCCUUCGAGGGAGUGAAGGAGAAGUCAUUCCUUCGAGCUAAUCCAAGAACAUGUCUCGUACUCUCUGUGUUGUCUGUAGCUUUGAUUUGGUGACACAUUUCCUGCUUUUCGGAAGCUUAGAAUUGGGAGAACUCUCCUAACGUAGUUUUACA